AGUCAUGCAAAAACUUGGCUACUCUAAGUAUAUUCAAGGAGGGGAAAAAAAAGUAAGAAAUGGGAUCAUUUAAGAUCUCCUCAGCAAUAUUUUGCUUCAUUCUCCUGGCAAUGUUCUGGCCAUCUCGAGCUCAAAAUUCACAACAAGAUUAUCUAGAUGUUCAUAAUGCAGCUCGUGCACAAGUCAAUGUUGGCCCGAUAGCUUGGGACGACAGGUUGGCCGCCUAUGCACAGAACUACGCCACACAGAGGAUGAAUGACUGCCAACUCGUGCACUCUGGUGGCCCUUACGGUGAGAACCUAGCCGCAGGCUCUGGAGACUUCACGGCCCGGGCUGCCGUCAAUCUGUGGGUGAAUGAGAGGCAAUACUACGAUCGCAGCUCCAAUUCAUGUACUCAAGGGAAGGAGUGCAGGCACUACACUCAGGUGGUUUGGCGCAACUCGGUCCGCACGGGCUGCGCUAGGGUUCGAUGCACUAAUAGCCCUUCGUGGUUCGUGAUUUGCAGUUAUGAUCCUCGUGGCAACUAUAUUGGUCAACGUCCUUAUUGAGGACAUCCUUAAAAGUCUCGCUAAAUAUCACUAAGUAUGUGUUGAUCUUUACGGAGAUCACCUUAGAACAUAAAGUAAACUUACUUUUCCAAGCUUUAGCUUUGGAAAGAGGACGAAAUAAGGUUACCAUUGUGUUGAGCUACUUGUUUAUGUUUGUAUGGUGACAUAUAUUAUCUUUGUUUUUCUGUGUGCUUAA